AUGGCCGACAAUGCCGACACAGCUAGCGAGCCGCAGCAGAUCACCUUCAAGGUGAAGACCUCUGGUGAUAAGUCUCACACCAUCACCAUGUCAGAAGCCGCGACCGUUCUUGAUCUGAAGACUAAGCUCUCCGGCGACGAUUUCGAGAAGAUACCCGUCGAGCGACAGCGCCUCAUUUACUCGGGUCGCGUACUUAAGAAUGAGGAGACCUUGGGAACUUAUAAGAUAAAGCCCAACAACACAAUCCACAUGGUCAAGAGCGCAGCCAGCAACCCCGGCCAACCCGCGUCUACAUCUGCGUCUACAACUGCUCCUGCCGUGCCUACCAAUAUGGCUUCAGGAACCGCCAACAACCCCUUGGCUGGCUUGACUGGCGCCCGAUAUGCUGGCCACCAGAUUAACCUACCCGGCAUGGAUAUGUUUGGACCCGAUGGUGGUAUGGGUCCCCCAAUGGACGAGGAGCGUAUUCAGCGCAUGAUGGAGGACCCUAAUGCACAACAAUCCAUGAACGAAGCUCUGAACAACCCAGAGUUUGUGAACAUGCUGAUUCAAUCGAACCCGCUUCUACGCCAGAUGCCUAAUGCGCGGGAGCUUAUCACCUCACCCUUUAUGCGGCAAAUGAUAAACAACCCUUCGUUGAUGGCCCAGGCCAUGCGCAUGCAGCGCGGCAUGCGAGGUGGAAAUUCGGCCUUCCCAGCACCAGGUGCUACCGACACAACCCCAUCAGAUGCGGCGAGCAACGACGGUGCAGCAAAUAGCGGCGCAAAUGCGCAGAAUCCCUUUGCAAACCCUUUUGCUGCUUUUGGUGGAUAUCCUGGAGCGCAGAGCGGCGGCUUUCCCGACCUCACUCAAUUACAGGCGCUGCUGGGUGCUACACGGCCUCCCAACGCUGCCGGCGGCGACUCAGCAGCAGCGCCAGCAUCAACAGGUGAUGGUACCAGCACCCGUACCACUGCCGCCGGCCAAGAUUCACAGCAGAACACCCAACAGGCGGCGGCCAACCCAUUUGCGGCGCUCUUCCCCCCUCCCGGAGGCUCGCAGGAAAACCCAUUUGGCAUGAACCCCGAGAUGAUGCAGCAGAUAAUGCAGAUGAUGGGUGGCGGCGGCGCUGCCCAAGCCUCGCCGCCAGACAAUCGACCUCCUGAGGAGCGGUAUGCGGAUCAACUUCGACAGCUCAAUGACAUGGGAUUCUUUGAUUUCGAUCGUAAUGUAGCGGCAUUGAGACGGAGUGGUGGAAGCGUACAAGGAGCGGUGGAGUAUCUUCUUGGUUCGUCAUGA